GCGGCGGCGGAGAUGGCAGCCUCGCUGGAAACGCGCGGGGGAGCCUGAGCCGGCGGCCGCGGACGCACCGCGCUGCGCGCUCCAUCUCCGCGCCGCCGCGCAGACCCUCCAUCUUCCUGCUCAGCGCCCCGGCCCCGCUCGCCCCUGCCUGGGGGGGUCCCGCUGCCCUCCGGGGCUCCUGCCCGGCCCUCCGCGGCUUGCCUGCCCGGGCCCCCCUCCCCCGCCACACACGCUCACACGCGCGCGCGAGCACACACACACACAGACACACACACACAGACACGCACACACACUGACACGCCAGCGAGCUGCUGGCCGCUCAAUGGACCGAUUUCCCCGGGUUCCCUGAUCCCAGCCCAGCCCGGGAUGAGAAAUUGCAAAAUGGCCCGGGUCGCCAGUGUGCUGGGGCUGGUCAUGCUCAGCGUCGCCCUGCUGAUUUUAUCGCUCAUCAGCUACGUGUCCCUGAAAAAGGAGAACAUCUUCACCACUCCCAAGUACGCCAGCCCAGGGGCGCCCCGAAUGUACAUGUUCCACGCGGGAUUCCGGUCCCAAUUUGCGCUGAAGUUUCUAGACCCGUCGUUUGUGCCCAUUACGAAUUCUCUCACCCAGGAACUCCAAGAGAAACCUUCUAAGUGGACAUUUAAUCGGACAGCCUUUUUACAUCAAAGGCAAGAAAUUCUUCAGCAUGUCGAUGUAAUAAAAAAUUUUUCUUUGACCAAGAAUAGUGUUCGGAUUGGACAACUGAUGCACUAUGAUUAUUCCAGCCAUAAAUAUGUUUUCUCUAUUAGCAAUAACUUUCGAUCCCUGCUUCCAGAUGUGUCACCCAUUAUGAAUAAGCAUUAUAAUAUUUGUGCUGUGGUUGGAAAUAGUGGGAUCCUGACAGGGAGCCAGUGUGGACAAGAAAUAGAUAAAUCAGAUUUUGUUUUCCGUUGCAAUUUUGCCCCUACGGAGGCUUUCCAAAGAGAUGUUGGAAGGAAAACCAACCUUACCACCUUCAACCCCAGCAUCCUGGAAAAAUAUUACAACAAUCUUUUGACCAUUCAGGACCGUAACAACUUUUUCCUCAGUUUAAAAAAGCUUGAUGGGGCCAUUCUUUGGAUUCCUGCAUUUUUCUUCCACACUUCAGCAACUGUUACCAGAACAUUAGUUGACUUUUUUGUUGAACACAGAGGUCAGUUAAAGGUCCAAUUGGCUUGGCCGGGAAACAUAAUGCAACAUGUCAACAGGUACUGGAAAAACAAACAUUUGUCGCCCAAACGGCUGAGUACAGGUAUUCUUAUGUACACCCUUGCAUCAGCAAUAUGUGAAGAGAUCCACUUGUAUGGAUUUUGGCCUUUUGGAUUUGACCCCAACACGAGGGAAGAUCUUCCAUACCAUUACUAUGACAAAAAAGGAACCAAAUUUACCACCAAGUGGCAGGAGUCCCACCAGCUGCCUGCUGAGUUUCAGCUGCUGUACCGGAUGCAUGGGGAGGGGCUCACCAAGCUGACUUUGUCACACUGUGCCUAAGAACUCCCAACGGAAAGUGCCAAGUGGCAUUUAAAAAGUGCCCCAAAUCAAAUUGAAUAGUCUUUGGAAUAGAACCCUAGAGAAUGUCUUAUGAGGCUUGUCUGCCAUUUCUCCCUCUUUUGCACUGCUCUUUUAAGGGUCUUAGCAGAUUUAGCAGGACAGAUACGUUGAAGCCAGAUAAUUUAAACUUGAUUGAUAAAGGGAAUGUUGCAUUUGGAACUAUGCUGCUAAUGAAAUGGUAUGAAGUAUUUUCAUGUUUGUAUUUUAAUAAUAAACUGCCUCCCAUUUUUAUGAGGACUAGAGCUAUAGUUUCUACAGCUCUGCUCAGAUAUAGUCCUCAUAAUCAGAGCCCUCUGGACAAUUGGGGCAGGAUCUCAAUUUUGCUGGUGGGAUCAGACUUCAAAAUGGAAACAUAAAAAACUGGUUUGCAUAUCUCAUAUUUCUCUCUCUCUCUAUCUAUCUCAUCUCUAUCUCUAUCUCUGUCUCUCUUUCUAUCUCUUUAUCUCUAUUAUCUCUCUCCCUCUCCCUGCAAUCACUCCUUUGCCCCACCACUGUGGAGUUUAAUAAUUUGCUAGGAAUCCUAUUGAAUUAGCUUUGAUUGUAUGUGUUGCAUCUGUACUUGAUGUGCUCAAGGCUCUGGGUAACUUUGUUUCAUGACAAACUGAGAAAAUCAUGAAGGAUCCCCUCAUAUUACUUUGAUAAGAAAUGCCUCUUAUGAAGUCCUCAUUAGUCCAUAUGGCCAUGCUACAGCAGUGUGCUCCCUCUGUGGUGUGUGGCACCUAAUGCAGUGCCUCCUUCACUGUCACAAAGAAAGUCGGAGUCGUGGGGGGCAUUGCAUCUCUUGACAUGAGUGCAAAUAUGCUGUUAUGGCAAAUAAUAGCACGGUUGCCACAUCUGCAAGGGCAUUCCAGCCUAGGUUUAGUGUGUCCCACAAUCACAACCCAAGUACUGGGCUGGGCAUUUUCUCAGAAUAUAGAAGCAAUGAGUCAGUUUAAGAUUCUGGGAGACAGAAAGGGAAAGGAAGAAGAAUGUUUAGAAGUUGUUAUGGAGUCCUAUAUACCCCUAAAGUGUUGUAACUAUGUUGCCCAUUCACAGCCUUUGAGAACCAGCAGGAUUAGGGUGGAGGAGAAGCUUCGAGAGGUGAGGUCAUUUUCAGGAUCGUGUUCACCACCAUCCAUCCACAACUGUUUGUUCUCUUCAGGACAAUUGUAGACACUAGAUAUUCCCUCUUUCUGAUGAAAUCAGAUCUUUACACGUACAGAUUAAACAUUUCAAAGGGAAAAGCCAUUGUGCACUGGCAAGAUUUGGCACUAAAUAGCCCUUGGAAUUUGAGAUUAUGUAGCCCUGCCACGAAGGAAUUAGUUGGCCGUUCUCAUUCUCUUUUUCAUUAUUUCAGCCUCAGGAGUAGAAAUCACAUCACUCCCAUUCCUGGCUUUUUACUGAGCAGCACUUUAUUCUUCCAGUUCAGCCCAAAGUCUGGCCAAGUUGAUGUUAAAUUUUAAUAAGACUUUCUUUCUUCUUUCCAAAUGCCAGUCAAGCACAUUUGUUAUACACUUGAAGGGUAGCUCGUUCUUUUCCAGAAAUCUCAUCUAGAUUGCUUACAGUGUUACAAAUACUAUUAAAAAUCAUUGCUGUAGUUCAGUAAUCAGGUCACUGCCCCUCUUUGAGAAGGGCCUAAAAUUAAACCAAAUACAAUAAGGAAAGACACAGUUCUUAUGCUCAUGUUUUGCCUGGUCCUAAAGCUGUCUUAUUCUUUUCAGAAAACUAACUAAUUAGAGCAGCUUACAUAGAUCCAGAUAUGAACUAGUGAAAGAAAAACCAUUCAGGUUCAAACAUGUAACCAAGUGUGAUACGUCUUACAACGUCAUGUGAAUGACAAUCCUCCAAAUGGGAAAAAAUAGGAAUAGAUGUUUUGAGAUGGGAAACACUAAAACAGCUCUAUACUUGAAACAAUUAUAAGGGGAAAUAAGAAAAAUAUUUCUAAAUUCAAUGGUAUAAUUCGAUGGGCGUCAAAACCAUUCUGUUUGUUCCCUGUCAUUUUAACGAGGGCAGUGCUAUCGUUCUCACGCUGUGUUCCAUUAGGAUCACUGCAAGAUUGAUAACUGACAAUCUUGUAUUUAGUAUUUAGUGGGCUGUUCCUAAGCACUUAGUUCAUUUGGUUACAGCUAAGUGAUAUUAAUGCCGAUAUUACAUGGGCCCAAAUUCUGACUCUGGAGUUUUAAUCCCUAUGUGCCCAUUAGUUUUCACUAAAUAUAAAUACAUAGAUACUUUGAACAGGCAAGUUAAAAGAGCAAAAGACCAGAAUACCUAAAACCAGUUAACUGUUCCAUGGUAGACUAUUUAAAUUUGAUCUCAUCAUAAUGCCAAAGUUUUUUGUUUUCUAAAUUCAGAGGGAUUUUUAAAAUCUCAGUGCACUCCUGGCUUCAUCUUAAUUUUAGAGUAGGAGGACUUUCUCAUCCCUUACCAUCAUUUCAUCUAUUAUUUUAACAAAAAUUCAAAACAAUGAAAUGGACUUAUCUCCAGAACUAGAAGGGCCUAAAGAUCAGGCUCAGCCCUAUUUCUAGGCAGGAUUUCCUGGAGAUAAUCCCCAAAGACCACUCUUUCCUUUGUAAGAAAAGCAGCUUCUAGCUGAUCACAUAAAAAUCUCUCUUUGUUUUUAACAACUGUUUCAAAGAUUAACCUAUAUAUCCACUUUCACAACCAAAAGAGUUGAUGGGUCCCAUGUGUCCUCUUUAGAAAGGCAACAUUAUAAGCAACCAGAAUGUGCUGGCUCUCCUACAGCUCCCAGGCUUGGAUAAUCAAGGGCAGUGAACUGGGCAGACUGGGCCAAUGGGUUCUCCCUCCUGGUUCAGCUACAGAUACAUAUCCCUGGCUUUGGAAUUGACCUCAUUUGUUGGUUCUAGACUGAGUACAUCCUUUUGUCAGAACCUUUCUUUGUUUUUAGGAUACUCACAGCAGAGUCCACCUUUAGCUAUGAGAGUAAAAUUCACCACAAAGCCCCCAAGGCUGUCUGUACAUGACACCAACACAAAUGACCAAUUAAGUCACAGAGGGGGGAAACAAAACCACAAACAUGGAUGGCAAUCUGACGUUAGAACCUCAGUACUCAUCGGUGAUUCUGUGUGUCAUGUGCAGACAUGUAGAUCCAGGGGAGAUUGGGUUAAAAGGGGGUAUCAAGAAUUUCUCCUGCACCCAAAAAAAUCUUUCCCAUAUUUGAUAAUUAAAACAUCUGUGGUUCCUCCACCUUUGUGUCGGUGUCUUAAGUGUCCUUGACUAUUGUAAAAGUGCUGUGUGUUGAGUAGUGUUGUGUGCCUAGCAGUGCUGACUGUGACUGCUGUGCCAUCUUUCUGUGACCUUGAUGUGAGGCACAUGACCAUGGGGCUACCAGCAAGGAUGUGCAAAGGUAGAGUCCCCUCCCCAUCCCCCUAGUGCCCAGGCCCACCAGUUGUCCACAAAUGUGAAUGCCAAGACAAACCUAAUUUGGAGGGGAAGCUGGGGAACGGAAGAAAAUUUCUUCUGACUUUAGGCUAGGCACUAAUUAUUAGACAUUCUUAGAUAACAAAGUGAUGUUGACCUCAGGCCAAAGGAAUCAAGGGCAACAUUGCGGAAUGCUAGGACACUGGAAAUGGAAGAGGCUUUGAGCUUCUCCAGUCCUAAUUCUUGACUUUACGAAUGAGGAAGUGGAGAAGCAGAGAAGCUAAGUGAUUUCCCUAAGAUCACAUGGAUAACUAGUGGAGAAAUUAUGACUCCUUAUCUAGUACUUUUUGGCUUUAGCUGCAUCACAUGAAAAUAGACUCAAAGGGAAAGUGAUUUUGAUCUGGAAUCCACAGGGCACAUAAAAUAAGUUAGAAAAGCUGUAAAGGAGGAAAAAGGAUUCUCACCCUCCAAAAAAUUAUUUCUCAAUGUAAAACAACAAAGGAGAUUCUUACCUCGGUAUAAAACAGCCCCCUGGUAAUCACUUCUAUUCUCCACUGAAAUGCCUGGGAAAUCACGGUUUGGUAAAUCACAAUUCUGUUACUGAUGGUUCAUAGCUGACAGCUGGAAUCUUAACCAAUGAUCUAUUCAGCUUAAAAUCUUGUUUUAUGUAAUAUAUAUGAAUAAUUUAGCAGUUGAAACCUGAAAAUGGUUAUGUAUUUCUCCGUAUGUAUAAUUUUCAGCAGGGCUCCCUUGAGUUAAGAAAUUCCUUCCAUAUGAUAAGUCACUUCAACUUUGAAUUAUUGCAUUUAGUUCAAUAUGCUAAAAAGAUGUACAAAUAGUAAUGAAUAACUUUGGUGGGUUUUCAUGUGCAAAAUAACAGACUGAGCAAUAUUCUGUAUAAUUCUGGAUCCUCAAAUUUUCUUUCCCAUAAUUGUUUGAAUGCACUAGGCAAAAGUUUCUGUUUAAGCCUCUAGUUCUCCCUGAAUGUGUAGAACCGUCCUUUUGCUUACAGAGAGUUGGAGCUGUGGGUAAGCGGCCGAAGAGCCCAGGUGGGACAUCACAGGUGCUGGGAUUUAGGGCACCUUGGCCAACCGAUUGACCUGUCUGGACUCUGUGGCCCAAACAAGCAAAGCCACAGAUGAGUUGAUACCAAGGACCAAAGCCACUAAUUAUGCCUUGCUCACACUGAUUGCUUUGCUACAUAGAUACAAUAUUUGAAUGUCAUUAUUGUAUUAUGCAGUAUUUCUGAAAAUUUAUUUUUAUUGUGAUGACUUAUUACUGAAGACAUAUGUGUUUGAAUAGAUGUUUUUACCCUCA